AUGUUACCAAAAUAUUUGGAACCAUUUCGCGAUCCCCGAAGCCGUGACCCCUUUGGACCUUUUCCAUUAGAUGAAAGGGAUCUUACGUCCGUCACAAAUAAAGAACUUUCAAGCCUUCUUACAUCUGCUCCUAUUAUACAUCAGUAUGGUGCGACGAAAGUUGUGCGACUCUCGGAAAAUCUUGCCCUGAAGGCUGGCGGGAGUAUCCUGCCCGGCGAAGCGGAAAUACUCAAUCUUGUUGCAUCCAAAACCUCAAUCCGAGUUCCACGAGUCCAUCGCUCAUUUCAAGUCAAAGAUGACACAAAGUAUUUCGGUACAUUUGGGUACAUAGUGAUGGAUUAUGUUCCCGGCCAGCCGUUGGAUGAGUGUUGGAACUGUCUGUCCAGUGAUGCCCAAGGGAGAAUAGCAUCUCAAGUUGCUGGUAUGAUCCAAGAGAUGCAGUCUUUUGAGCUUCAAAAUCCUGGCCCAAUUGGUGGAGGCCCAUCUCGUGGUCGAUUCUUCACAGAUUACAGCGCAGGGCCUUUUGCGGAUACUGUUGAAAUGGAAGCUUGA